UUCCCUCCAACGAACUAUAAAUACCACACCAAAUCUUCGUUCUUUCAUCAUCUUCAUUAGCUAGUUUUCAUUAUCAAAUUAGCAUCUUCUUCUCUUCUUUAUAUUAUUUAUUACUCCUUUAGGUAAAAGACAUAAUCAUGGGUGUGUUCACAUUCACAAUGGGUGAGUUCACUACCACCGUUGCCCCGGCCCGUUUGUUCCAAGCUUUUUGCAUUGACAACCACAACUUUUUCCCUAAGGUUGUGCCCCAGUUUGUUAAAAGUGUCGAGGUUGUUCAUGGUGAUCCUACUUCUGCUGGAUGCAUCAAACAGUUCAACUUCCCCGAAGGUUAUCCAUUCAAAUAUGUAAAAGAUAGAGUGGAGGAGAUUGAUUCUAGUAAGUACUACGUCAAGUAUACCAGUUUUGAAGGAGAUGUACUCCGUGACACUUUAGAAUGUACAGUUUUUGAGAUCACUUUUGAGCCUUCUGGCACCGGAAGUCACUACAAGAACAUAGCACACUUUCACACAAAGGAAGAUAACCAUGUGAUGACAGAAGAGAAUAUUGCUGGUGGAAAAGAGAAUAUUGCUAAGAUGUUCAAGGCCGUGGAAGAGUAUCUCAUUGCCAACCCUCAAGUUUAUGCUUAAAAUUACUUUAUACAGGUCCAAUGACUGAUCUUCAGUACUAUUUCUAGUCUUUGGUGUGACUAUGAAAUUGCAAAAAGUCAAAUAAGAUUAAUUAGUAUACUAUUUAUGUGUGUUGUCUUUUGUUUUUUUGUUUUUUUGUUUUUUUGGUUUUUCCUUGGAGAGGAUGUUGAGAAGAAAUAAAAAUGCUGAAGAAGCACUUUGUGAGCUAUAAAUUUUGAUAUGCUCAAUGAAAUCUUGAGUUUACCAGCUUAAA